AUGACUUACCCGCCGCACUGCGUGACCGCCAUGCCAACCCAGGUGCGAUGCGACCGUGUCCCACCAGCCGACGGCAUCUGGGGCGCCCUCGACCUUCGACUUCUGCAGGAAGACGAUCUGCCCCUUGACCCUCGGACGUGGGGCCGCGCGGAGGUGGGCGCGUGGGUGGCCCGCCGCGGGGGACUCCCCGAACGCUUCCCCAUGAACGGGAAGGCGCUCUGUCUGAUGUCGCGCGACAUGUUCGCCAGCCGCGUGCCGAGCGCCGGCCACCAGCUCCACCAGGACUUCAGAAGAAGACUGGCGAAAGCAUUAGCACUGCAAGAGCUGAUUGAAAAGAUGUCUACUAAA